AUGAAGGUUUCCGCUACCCUCGCUGCUGGUGCCCUCGCCCUCGGCGUUGAGGCCAAGAACUACCUCGGUUUCAACUCUGGCGCCACCCUCGCCAACCGUGCCGCCAAGUUCAAGUCCGACUUCCAGGCUGAGUUCGAGACUGCCCAGAACCUGAAGACCGCCCCCGGCGACUUCAGCGCCGUCCGACUCUACACCAACAUCCAGGCCUACUCCGAGGAUGACCCCAUUGAGGCUUUCGAGGCUGCCAUCGACACCAAGACCGAGAUCCUCCUCGGUGUCUGGACUUCCGGCACUGACAACAUCGACAAGGAGAUCAGCGCCCUCAAGAAGGCCGUCGACAAGUACGGCUCCAAGCUUACCGACCUCGUCAUCGGUGUCUCCGUUGGUAGUGAGGAUCUCUACCGUAACUCCGUUACUGGCGUGAAGAACAAGGGUGGUGUCGGUGUUCAGCCCGAUGUCCUCGUUGACUUCAUCAACGACUUCAAGAAGGCUUUCAAGGGUACCCCCAUUGGCGAGAUCCCCGUCGGCCACGUCGACACCUGGGACGUCUGGGGCAACGCUACCAACAAGGCCGUCCUCGACGCCAUCGAUUUCAUUGGUGUGGAUGAGUACCCCUACUAUGAGAACGACAAGGGCAACAGCAUCGACAACGCUGCCAAGCUCUUCAACAAGGCGUACGAGGCCACCAUCGCCGCCUCCAAUGGCAAGCCUGUCUGGGUCACUGAGACUGGCUGGCCCUACAAGGGUCCCAACUGGGAUGAGGCCGUUCCUAGUGUGAAGAACGCCCAGAAGUACUGGCGCGACGUUGGCUGCAAGUACCUCUUCAACAAGACCCCCACUUUCUGGUACACUCUCCGCGACUCCAACCCCGACAACAAGAUGAAGUUCGCCAUCACUGAUAACCUCUCCACCACUCCUCUCUUCGAUCUCUCUUGCGACAAGGUUGACGACGAUGAGGAGACCACCAGCUCUGCCGUCCACUCCAAGACCAAGACUGAGUCCGGUGCUUCCACGGCCACUCACGCUUCUAACUCCACCGCUACCUUCACCACCUCUACUGCCUCUGCUACUAGCGGCUCCGGCGAUGAUGAGGAAGCUACUGGCACUGCCACCGCUACUGGCUCUGGCUCUAAGCCUACCUCUGGAUCCGGCUCUGAGUCUGGCUCUGGUUCUGGUUCUGGUUCUGAGGGUUCUGGAUCCAGCUCUGGCUCCGGUUCUGAGUCUGGUUCCGGCUCCGGCUCCGGCUCCGAGUCUGGCUCUGCCCCUGCUGAGACUCCCAGCACCGUCACCAACGGUGCUGCUUCUCUCGGCGUCUCCACUGCCGCCCUUGCCUUCCUUGCCCUGUUCGCUCUGUAA